CUUCAUUUCAGCAGGGUAAGCUUGGUUGCUAAAGCUAAGCUAUCCGGUGUUAGUGCUGUUGCUAACUCAACCUCCUGCAAACUGAGGUCUAGCUUGAUAUGACUAACAGCACGUAGCCGGCAUGCUAGCUUGUUGCAUACCAUGCCCAAGCCAAAUUAAUUACCUGGGUUGGAUAGCAAUUGUGUGAGGGACGUGGAAAAUUGCCAGCCUUGCCACUACCCGGUACCAGCAGCAGGGACGGGUGUUACCAAAGCCGCCUCCUCCUGCUGCUAGCCAAAGUUCCUCAUCUGUGUGUGGAUGAGGUAGUCGGGUGUUUUAGCUAGCUCUAACACACCGAGGCGGUGGAUACAUGUCUACCCCUCAACCACGAGACAAGACACGAAAGGGAAAUCUUGCAGUUCAUGUUUCGCCAAGAAGUCAGUGUGACGUCUUUUAUUCCAUCUUGUUCGUAUCUUUUUCACUACGAGAAGAGGAAUAUGUCCAGAUAUAACAUAUACAGCCUGUUGGACUGGAUCUAUGGCGGGGUGGACCCGAAGUUUGAGGGCAACGGGGGCCCCGAGUGUGCAGCCUUCAUCGCACCCCAACAGCGCAUCAGCGAAAGUCUGGUCAUCGUCCUCAUCUCCUUCAUAGAAGUUAUCGUUGCGCUAAAGAAAAUAAACCUCUCCAAAGAGCACCGAGUGGUGGGAAAAGACUGCGCAAAGUCGAAGGAGGACAGUCUAGGCAAGAACUUGUUGCUGGUCGCUCUUUGCAUGACUUUUGGAGUGGAGGUUGGGUUCAAAUUCGCGACCAAGACUGUGAUCUAUCUGCUGAACCCCUGCCAUGUCAUGACCAUGGUUCAGAUCUUCCUGCUGGCCUGCCCGCCAUGUAAAACUGCAAUGGUUGUAUUUAGGCUGCAGGUCCACAUGCUGAACGGUGCACUACUGGCGUUAAUGUUCCCUGUAGUCAACACUCGACUGCUGCCGUUCGAGAAGGAGAUCUACUACAUCCAGCACUCCAUGCUGUACCUGGUGCCUCUCUACCUGUUCAGGAAAGGAGGUGUGUACAAGCCUGAGCCUCUGGGGGACAUGUGGUGGGCUCUGCUUUCCACCGGCCUCCUGUUCCUCUACCACUUCCUCUUCCUGCAAGUCCUCGGCCUGGCGACCGAGGUCAACCUGAACAACAUGCUGUGCCCAGCUGUGUCCGACCCCUUCUACGGCCCUUGGUACCGGGUUUGGGCCACUGGCCACCAGACCCUGCUGACCCUCGUUCACGGGAAGGUGCUGACACUCCUCUCGCAGCACACCGGCUCCAUGUGCCGAAGCCUACUGGACACACUCCGACUGCGCAGCAAGAAAGUCGACUGAACGCCCCUUAGGGUGCACAGACACAGCCUUCGUUCCUAAUGUCUGCUCUUCUCACUGAGACUUCUUCUUUUUUUUAAUCAACAUUUUUAAUGCAUCUUUUUAGGACUUACCAUUUGUUUUACUGAAGCAAGGGAGCAUUUCAGGGCCAGUGGAUCAAUGUGUCAUUAUGUUAGUGUGGUAGGAGUCCUACAUUCAUUCUUACUUGCAUGCACAGACAUAAUAUGCAUUUAGGGCUGGUAGUAAGCAUCCUGGAGUUUGUUUUUUUUUCACUCGGGGAAAACAUUUUGGGAAUUUUAAAGGAUACAUCUCGAGCUGCCUUUUUGUAAGUUUUCAGGACAGGAAAUAGGAGUCACCAAUCUGCAGUUGUUACACUUUGAGUUUAGUUUUGCUCGAUCAUACGUUGGUAAAGCUGCCUUUUUUUUAUUCGUCUACAGUGUGUUCUGAAAAAGAUUGUGUAUGUGAGCUGUUGUAAAAGUCAAUGCUUGUUUAUAGUCGGAUGUCUAUCAUGUACGAUCACCUCUCAGUGUUGUCAUGACUGAAGAGUGUUCAUGUUCUCUGUUCCCUCAUGUACGUCAUAUUAGUAGCCUUCUUUUCUGCCUUUCUGUCUCCAGCCCGCUCUGAUCAUUCCACUUGUGAUAAUCAGGGGACACGAGGAUGUAAUACAUGCAAAAAUAUGAAAGACGAUAUAUGGAUAUACACGGGGGGUGUUUGUACCUUCGCCAAGGAGGUUGAUUUUGAUAUCAAACCAUAUUUGUUUGGGUAUGACUGUCACUGCAUCGUGGGGAUGAACGUGAUGUUUGCCAAGAUGGAGAAGACCUGGACAAAAUAUGCAUCUGUCCUUGAAUUGGACACUUGGAAAAAAACAUGUGGCUCGAUCUUUGAGUCAAUCUGCGAGUCCCAGGCUCAGUAUAGUGCACAGGAAACGCAUCAUCAUUGGAUCGGCAUGAAGUCACUUUGGGUCAUUAAUGACGAGCCAUUUGUGAGGAAUUAUAAACCAGCAUUGGCCAUUUGGUAAUGGUAUAUAUCAUUUCAUGUGUUAGGGAAUGAGUGUGUGUAUUACUGUAGCAGAUUGUACUGUACUUCACUGUAAAGAAGGGAUAAGACUUUUGUAUUUCUAUCGGUUUGAGUGUAUGUGAUGUACUGAUAAUAAAGGUUAUUUCAGUCCUCA